AUGGAACCUGAGAAUGCUGAACAGUCUGGGAUGGUUGCAGAGAGUCAUCUUGAAGGAACUGAAGAAGUAAAUACAGUGGAAUCAAGUAAUGCUGACUCUUGUGGUGCAACUCCCAAAGAAAAAGACGUUGCCUCAUCUAAUGAGAAAGAUGAAACUAAAGAUGGUUUAGAUGAAAUUGCAUCUCAGAGUUCCUCUGAAGAAUCCCCUGCCAAUGAGAAUGGUAAAAAAGAGUCUGAACAACAAAAAGCCAAUUCCAAGUCGGAAAGACGACGUAGGAACAGGCAAGAAAUUCAGGUGGUGCAUACAUGUGAUGUUUGCAAUGACAACACUUUCCCUAGUUUGGCAGCUCUGGGGAAUCACAUGAAAACUGAGCAUGGAAAAUCCCUAGAUGUUGAAUAUUCCUGUAAAUUUUGCAAGCAGACGUAUCGCAGAAGGCGUCCUUUUGUUGUCCACUGCAAAGAGAUGCACAAGAAGGAGAUUCAUGCUUGCAGACAUUGCACACAGUCGUUCAACAUGCAGAAUGCACUGGAUAUGCAUUGUGAAGAGGAACACAUGCCGUUUCCACGUAAAUGCACUCAGUGCAAUGAAAUGCUAGUUGACAAGGGUGUACUAAAAUCUCAUUUCACAAAGAAUCAUCCACAUGAGUGUAACCGUUGUACCAAAUGGUUCACCCAGAAAAGUGAAUUGGAAGAGCAUCGCAAAAAAGAACAUCCAGCUACGAUACCAUGUACGAUUUGUAAUCACACAUUUGUGACUAAGUCAGCCUUGGAAGAGCACUGCAAAGACCACCACAAAAAAAAGCUUGGUUGUAACAGAUGUUCUAGAGUGUUUACCAGUAAAGAUUCACUUGAACGACACACCAAAGCUGUUCACACUCCUCUCCCAAAGUGCCUUUCUUGUGGGUCGAUUUUCAGUAAUCAAGAUAUGCUGCGGCAACACUAUGCCAGCAGACACCGGGGUCAGGCUGCUGGUUACACUUCUCCAAUGCAAGUUUCUCGUGGGCAUUACUCAGAUAAAUAUUCAAUGCAUGUACGACGUGCAGCUGGCCAACCUCUUCUACCAGAUCCUGUGUAUUACCAAUCACAGUUUCAGGACAACGAAUCUAUGCAGAAAAACAUGAUGAUGGUUCCAGGAACCCGUACUUGCAUCCAUUGUGGACUCUCAUUCAUCAAUGAGGCAUCAUUGGAUCAGCAUUGCAGAGAUGAACACUCUGUUUUACCUUCUUCUGGUGUUGGACCUACUUAUUGCUUGUACUGUGGUCAAUUGUUUGGUAGCCAAGUCGGCCUACACAAGCACUACAGUGUAAAACAUGGUACUACUCCACCUAUAUCACAUGCUUCAACUGGUCAUGAUUAUGAUGGUAGGCAACAACGAUUGGAUUCAAUGCAGUACACCCGACCACAGAGUGCUUCUGCUGCUACUGGUUCUACUGGUUCUACUAUGACUAGAGUUGGUCCAGCUUCUUGUUCGUUCUGUGGACAGAUGUUUGCAAGCCAGGUUGGACUCCAAAAGCAUUGCAGAGCAAAACAUGGCGAUUUUGUGCGUGCGGCUGAGAUGAAUGAAACCUAUACUUGGCAGAAAGGAAUGCAACAGCGAUCUCUACCAUGUGUAUUCUGUAGACAAAAUUUUAUGCAGCCACAAGCACUUGAACAUCAUUACAGAAAUCAGCAUCAAGUACCAUAUGUUUAUACCUGUAAUGACUGUUGUGCUCCCUUCACUACACCAGGUGCACUGAUCCAGCACACUGAGGGGCACAUUAUUGCAGCCAGAUCAACAGCACCCUCUUUGCUUAACCUGCCUCUAUCCCAGAAUCCUGGUUGGAAUCAACUCGGUGCACAAGCUGGUUUCACCAUGGUCAACCAGGGAUUCGGUUAUAAUAGUAGGAACAUACGGAAACGACGACAAGAAGAAGGUGGUGCAAAACCCUCUUCUUGCCCAGUGUGUCAACUGACGUUCAUGAGCAGGGGUGCCAUGCAAAACCAUUUGAAAGAUUCUCAUGACAAGCAAGCACACUUAGUUUGUAUUCCGUGUGGCCGGUUGUUCAAAGAUCGUAAUGAACUUGACAAGCAUUACACAUCAAAGCAUUCAAUUGAAGAACAUUUUGCCAAAAAAAAAGGUUUGAAAAAACAGGAGGUGCAAGGGCGCAGUGGCAAGACUAGCAAGAAAAAGCAGGAAACUAUGCCUCAAAAACAGGAUAAGAAGUUCGAAGCAAGGAUGGAUUUGAAAUGUCGUGAUUGUAGUAAAGCGUUCUCAACCAUGGAAGUUCUCAAACAGCACAUCAAGACUAAAUGUGAGACCAACAAAGAAACUAUAAUCUGUUGUCAGUGUCGAAGGCCAUUCAAAAGCUGUGUUGAUCUAGAACGCCAUGUCAUUCACAAGCAUAUGACCAAGUUUCAAUGUAGUGAAUGUAACAAGUCCUUCAUCACUAAAGAGUACUUAGAACAGCACAAUAACAACAAACAUAUGACCGAAUACCCUUGCAAUGAGUGUGUGAAAGUAUUUAAAAAUCGACAAGGUUUGAAAACCCAUUCUAGAAAUGCUCACAAUAUAUCAACUAAGGAUCUUGUAAGUGUUGUCAGACACAAGACUGCAAAACCAGAUGAACCAAAGGAACAGGAAUCAGAAGAUGAAGAAGAUAAAGAAGAGGAAGGUCAGACUCCUGCAGCACAACCAGAUGAAUAUCAAGAUGUGUUAGCACAAUUUGAAGAUGGUCAGGCUCAUUCAGAAACAAUCACUGCAGAUACACCUGAAACUGAAUCCAUAUUGAUUGAGUCAGAGGAUGCUGCAGCUGUGGAAGAUAAUGGCAUACCAGUAUGUCUUGACACUGAAUUGCUUGUCCAGGAUCCAGAUGCAUUGAAUAAAUAUGUUAAUUCUCAUCUGUGCCCUACUGAGGAGGAAGACUAUCGUUGCAAUCAGGCUGUUAUGCAUUUAACAAGUAUCAUUGAAUCUAACAGUGGGCUAAAACUAAAGUACUUUCUCAAGGGUGGACCUUUUGGCCGUGGAACUAAUCUGAAAGGCACAUCAGAUGUCAAAUUGAUCCUUUUUUUGGAGGAAUAUUCUAACCUUGGAGAAUUCAAGGAAGGCAUGACUAAGAUACUUCAGAACAUUAAAAGUUCACUAACUGCCACUGAUGAUGCUAAUUUAGAAGUAAUUGAAGAAAUGCCAACAAGUUUGAAAGUACAAAUAAAGAAUUCCACAGAUGGUGAUGUAGGUCAAGUUGAACUUAUUCCAGCCUUUGAUGUGCUGGGAAAAGAGCCUACUAAAGAUGACAAAGGAAAGAUUUAUCAGAGCAUCUUAGCUGAAUCUGAUGCAGAGAAACUGGCAUACUCUACACAUUUGACACACCUACAGCUAGACUUCUUCAAAGAGAUCCCGCCACAAGUGAAGAAUCUAUCACGCUUGGUCAAAUAUUGGCUGAAUAGUCUAUGUGAAGCCAACUCCAUAGACAAAAGCACUAUGCCUUCUGAAUACAUGUUGGAGUUGAUAACAAUUGAUACUUGGGAGGAAACUGGUGAGAAGAUUAGAUUUGACAUGGCUGAUGGACUUCGUGCUGUACUGCAACGCUUUAUGUCCUAUGAUGCUGUAGAGGUGGAGUGGUUUGUUAACUGUCGUGAAGACCUUGCAGAGAAAAUUCAUAGCAUAGUAAAACCAACUCGGCCUAUCAUUUAUGAUCCAGCCAAUCCCCUCAUCAAUGUUUGUGCUGAUUGCAAUAAAUGGGAUGAAGUAGCAAGAUUAGCUGUAGGAAGUCUUUCCUCACCAUUGCUGUGUUUGAAGAAGUGA